GUUUUUUAUUGUCUUUUUACUCUCAAGAAUUGCCAAGAAGAUGCUUUUAGAAGAAAUUAAAGCCAAUCUUUCCUCUGAUGAGGAUGGGUCUUCAGAUGAUGAACCAGAGGAAGGGAAAAAAAGAACUGGAAAACACAGUGAAGAAAACCCAGGAGAUGAGGAAGGAAAAAAUCAAGUCAAUUCUGAAUCAGAUUCAGAUUCUGAAGAAUCUAAGAAGCCGAGAUACAGACAUAGGCUUUUGAGGCACAAACUGACUGUGAGUGAUGGGGAAUCUGGAGAAGAAAACAAGAUGAAGCCUAAAGAGCACAAAGAAGCCAAAGGCAGAAAUAGAAGGAAGGUGAGCAGUGAAGAUUCUGAAGAUUCUGAUUUUCAGGAAUCAGGAGUUAGUGAAGAAGUUAGUGAAUCUGAAGAUGAACAACGGCCGAGAACAAGGUCUGCCAAGAAAGCAGAGAUGGAAGAAAAUCAACGGAGUUAUAAACAGAAAAAGAAAAGGCGACGGAUUAAGGUUCAAGAAGAUUCAUCCAGUGAAAACAAGAGUAAUUCUGAAGAAGAAGAUAAAGACGACGACGAAGAGGAAGAGGAAGAAGAAGAAGAUGAAAAUGACGAUUCCAAGUCUCCUGGAAAAGGCAGAAAGAAAAUUCGAAAGAUUCUUAAAGAUGAUAAACUAAGAACAGAAACACAAAAUGCUCUUAAGGAAGAGGAAGAGAGGCGCAAACGUAUUGCUGAGAGGGAGCGUGAGCGAGAGAAAUUGAGAGAGGUAAACCAAUGUUUAUUUAUGAUUUCUUUAUAA